UAGCAGCAAACCGAGUGCACGCAAUUUCGGAAACUACCUUAUAUACAUUUGGACGGCUACAAGCGCAGUCGUAAAGUGCGCGCAAUGCAAUUACGUAAGCACGGUGAAUAGGAAGAGUGCAAAGCGUGGAAAGGCGUGAAAAAGUGAAAAACUCUAAAACAAAUUCUAAAAACCUUGUUUGUGUGCCAAAAUCGAGCAAAACUGUGAUAAAGUAUUUGCGUCAAGUUCAGUGAAUUCCGCGCAUAAAGAUUCAAAUACGAGUGAAGUGAGCUUUCAAAUUCACCCUCAAGAGCCACUUUCAUGAGGUAUAAACCGCUAAAUAGUGUGCAUUGAUUUCCACCUACUCACCUUAGCUAUUUUCAAAUACAAGGUCCAAAAUAUUUUAAUAAAAAGUGAAUUGCUCACCUAAAACAAUAGCGGAAUUCGUAAGUUCAACACUGAUAAGAUAAGCACAAAGGCGAGAGAGAGCAAACUUAGCAACCGCGCACUCACACACAUAUAUUCCAUUGCAACCGUGUGUCGCGCAGCGAAAGCGGGAGCUUCUAGAGCAAUUACUGGCACAAAAAUCAUACAACAGUGGACUCAGCAUUCAGCAAGCGGGAUAUUAGCUUGCUUCGGCAGCCAAAAAUCAUAACUGUCAAAAUUCAGCGCCGAAAGUUUGUCGUCGCUGCGGCGCCAAUGAACAGUUCAAACAUUCUGCGGUAGAGGCCAGCGAAUUGGGGGAACGCGGGACAGCUGACAUUUGUAGCGAAGGAACUCUUACAAACAUCGAAAAGAAAUAGAAGGCUUGUGCAGUAGAUAGACACAAUUGAAGACACUAAAGCUUUUGCGCCAAUGCAACGUUCWGAUUAGAUAGCCAAAACUACUCUGCAGACUUUGAAGCGUGCUGCUGACACGAGCAACACACAGUAGCAACUCAGGAAAUUGCGGGGUCAAUGCGAAAUAGUCACUGUAAUAAUUUAAUAAUAACAACAAACAACAACAGGAAAUCCCUUUGAAUACUUAUGAAGCAAAGAGUAAGUUGCCAAAAACCAAUAGCCCAGCAACGCAUCUCCGAAACAUACCACACAGCUGAUUGGCGACUUGUAUAAGUGACCGGACCGUCGACAGCACCUAUGGGCAAGUGUGUCUCGAAGCAUCCCUCCGUACUGACAAUAGCGUUGUCGGAAAAGGAYUUGGCGGCGGCUAACCACAUUUGGAGCAAAUUUGCUGAGAGCACCGAAUACAUUGCGCUGAAGGACGAGCAUGGAAAUCAAUUAUGCGAAUAUUACUACGUGAGCGGCAAGAAGCGGAAGGCGAAGCCAAAAACAACAAAGCAGCAGCUAGUGCCCACGGAYGGGGAUAAUGAUGCGWAUACAACAACUGUCGGCGCCACACGGCCAGACCAAGAUKCAAAUGAAAAUCAAAACCAGCGACAGCAGCAGAGCCAGAAGAAGGGUGGAAACAAAAGACGAUCGAAGACAGCACAAAAGCAAUCAUCAACGCAGCAAAGUAGUGAAAACAAAUCACAGCAAUGGACAACAAACAGCGAACAAACAACAAACACAAAUGGCACAGAAAGYUAUACGGAAAGGUUACAGCAAGAUUGUGUUACUUCACAAGCCGAGUCGUCUACCCCUGCCGCUGAUGGUCCGACAACGACGACAGCGACGACUUCGACAAUUGUGUACAGCAGUGUGAGUGGUUGUGAGUAUUGCACCGUUGUCAGCACCACUGACGAUGACGACGAGAGCGAGGGCGAGGAUGAGGACGGGCACGAUGACAGUGACGACGGCAAGCAGUUGUUUGGUAUUCACAACCAUAAUAAUGCUACCGAGGCUAUUGUAGUUGACAACACCAAUAAAGAAACCGCCGUUGGUGCUCAUAAAAAUCAACGACAUUGUGUGGCUCAUUUGCCGUCGCAGCCACAGGAACAGAUUGCUGGCGACACGGUUGCCCCCGACGCCAACAAUAACGCCGAAAUCGCUGCGAAACAUGAGGAAUAUGUUUAUCAGCCGARGUGGCAGCAACAGCGGUUGGAUGCCACCGAAAAAGGGCAAUUAAUAAACAGUGAAGUGAGCAAAGUCAAUAUUGGUGYUAUUGGUGUCGCCGAUGCAGCUGAUCUUGACAAUGUCGAUGGAAACAGUGAAAGGUUAAGCGRCAGCGAACACCUAACGGUUGAAGGCAGCGGUUACAUGCAGGGACAGGCCGAAAGCAAACGWCAUUCGAAGAAGCAUGGCAGCACCACCAACGCCACAGCAGGCACUGCAGUGGGCGCCAUCGAAACCAAAGGUACGGCAAUGUCCUUCGGCUUUCGCAAGAAGCUCAACACKACGCCGAAGAAGUUCAAGAAAUUGCUGGAGGCCGGCGUUGGCGGCAUGACUGGUGGUGGUGAUGGAAAACGAAAACAAGACAAGUGCAACAAUAUAACAACAACGAGACGGGACGGCAACACACCUAGUGAGGAUAACGCAAAACGGGCAACUGUGAUAGACGGCGCUAACUAUGGGGAGACGUUAACAGACGAACARCAGCAGGACGACAAUGGCAAUGCAGUGAAACGCCGAUCGAAGAGUGCACACGCCGGCAGGGCAUUGACUUCGGGCGAUGAGACUAGCGAAUCGGGCAGUUGCAGCGAUGCGACCGGUCRCCCAAAAAUAACACAACCCAAAUCUAUAACGUUCAAUUUGAGUCAGAACAGCACAAUCGAAUAUCAGCGGCGACAGUUUUUCGAACAGCCUAACACAUAUGGCAGCUAUGGAAGUGGUCGCAGCAGUGCCGCCAACAUUUGGACCCAUCAAUCGGGGCACCAGGCGCAGCAGCAUCAGUCGCGAAAUGUCAUCAGCACGGGCAUGCACACGAAUGUUAUUGUCCGUCCAACGCCACGCGCACCGCCAGCCAGUUUUUCGAAGUUCACACUGCACACAGUAAGUUUGCCAAAGCCAGAAUUUCCCGUGGCCAUCAGUGUGGGUGCAACAACUCCAACUACACCSAGCAGCAUCUACACACCAUCGCCCACCAUGGCUACCACCUUAGCGGGUGCACGUACCAAGGAAAACCAGCAGCAGCAGCAUCCCCUGACAGUGGUMGCCUGUGCCACAGUGACACAUACCGCUUCCGGACAUAUGGAUCUGAAGACGGCYAAGCAGAUGGCAAACAACACACGGCGUGGAUUCUCAGGCAGUCGGGAGAUAUCAGCGGAUUCAGGUAUUGCCAGCAUGGACAUGGCAUUAGAUAGUUCGGUUUCGAGCGGUGGCGGCAGUCGCGCUGGACGCACAGCCUCGCCUAAACGGAGCCGCAGUCGUCCGCGCAAUUUGCAAAUGGUAAUGAAUGGUCGUCACAAAUUUGAAGUACGUGACCUGGACGACCCUUUAUCGAGUGAAUCCAGCUCCAUCGUAGAGCCGCUAGCUUUGCCGAAGCUACCGAGCGAAAACCAAACAGUACCGCUUCCACUAUGUGGUCUUGUGCGUUCCAAUACGGUACUUAGUCGAGAGACUUAUGAACGAAAUGGUGGUGUAAUCGGUAAUAGAAGCGCUAGUGCUAACCAAGAAAUCAAACAGGUUGAUAUUGGAAAACGCCCUACUACGGCGCCUGCACAGUGCACAAUAACUCGAAAUUCGUCUGAAGAAAGUGAAGGGGUCGAUGAGGAAAAGCUUUUCUUAGACCGCUCAACUUCAGAGAAAGGAAACAGGUUUAAGGACAUAAAUACUUGUUCGAGUAAAACAUCGUCACCAGGGAGCUCCAUAAUGCUCUCGUGGUGCAAUGCCGGAGAAUCUCUUGCCGUAAAGGAUUGUAGCAGCCUCAGUAUUAGCAGCGAAGAUAGUAAUAAACUUCAUCAAGAUAAAGACACAGACACUGAGAAGAACGAUUUGAAAAAAUCUAAGCACAUGUCAGUCGACUUGAAUGACGAUGACUUAAGUGGCAUGGUGACCGAAAUGCAAGUUAGUACACUAUCUUCCUUAACUGAUAACUUAGCAAAUGAAAACAAUAAUUCCGGACUCAAGGCAGUAGAAACGAAUACUGUCAUCAUCGCAUCUACGGAAAAUACAAAUAUUGAUAAACCGGAUCGGCCGAAAUCGUUUUAUAAUACGAUUAACGAAACGAAAUUUGCAGAAAUGGCCUUAGCCGGUAGCACUUAUCUUUUGGACGACGAGACCUCUCCCACGGAUAGUCUGGUAAGCAGCACGGAAUCAGAAGAAGCCGCAAGCAAGCAGAAAAAACACAAAAUAAAUGAAGAACUGCAAGAGAAGGACAUCGAUGAGAUUUCACCUGAACUCGAAAUGGGUAGUCCCAUUUCACCGGGAACGCCAACACAUGCUUCACAUUCGCUAUCACUUUCCGAUUGCGGUAAUUUGAUUGAUGACGAGAUCGCUGACCAACCGGCGUUGCUGUUUAACAGUGARGCACAUGAUCUAGUGGAUAGCUUGACGUCACACAAAGAUAAGACAGAGACCCCCACACUUAUGGAAAAUACUGGUUCGAUGCGUUCUCUGAAAAGUCAAUCCAAAGCGCGCACAGCGCUCCAGCAAGCAAUCGAAUUGAGCCUACGCACACCGCUCUCGCUGCGAAAGGCGGUAAUGGAACGCGCCGAUUCUCUCGAUACUCUCUCUCCCUGUGAGUCGAUAUGUUCCGAUGAUCUCAUGAUGGAUUUCGAUAUACAUAGCAGUGUGGACUCCAUCGAUCGAUCUGGUUCCAUAAAGAGUCGUAGUGGUUCGGAUCUACAUAAAAUUGACGACACAGAACUAUUUUCGGAGCUGGAACGUAAAGGGAGUGAUGUAAUGAAAGAACUGAAUUCCCUCCUAYGUCUUCGUACCAAUAAAAGCGCAGAUAAGGAUGUUGACAUUGCUCAUUUGCCCGCUCGCGCCACUCGUCUUCUAAAUCGUUCGCGCUUGCAGCAGCAACAGUAUCCCUCCUCGAUUGCCAGCGGUGUGACCACGAAUGCGGCGACUGGAAGUUCGGUCUGCGGUGGCGGCGGCGAUUCUGACAGCUCCAAAUCAGCGCACAGUCUGCGACGCAGCGCAGCCGCUUCGCGCGCCUCAAACGCUUCCACAUCAUCAACGAAUGCAUCGCUGCCGCCGAGCAGCCAUUACCAUCAUCAGAAACCAUUUCAGCAUCACUACUCACAACUGCAUCGCGACUCGCACAGUUCUUCGGACGAUCUAAUGCUAUAUGACAAAUCUUUCCGAAAUGCGAUGAUUCAGGAUGUGUUGCAGUUCAAAAAACAGUUGCUGCGGCUUCGACGCAUUCUACAGGACGACGAAGAAUAUUUGAUGAGGACGGAGACUCUCAACCCAUUCGAUAACGACAAUGGGCAACUCUUCGCCGCCUGCGGCUUGGACAGCAAACUACUGGAUGACAUGGACCUGGCCAGCCUGACCUCCUCGACCACGGAUGACCCGAUGGUGGAGUUAGCCGAUCUACGAAGACAGGUGGUUUACCUUCAGGGAGAAGUUGAAGAUCGCGAACGAACCAUUCGUUUGCAGAAAAAUCAAAUAGAGAAUCUGGAAUCAAAAAAGCCACCAAUACAAAAGGACCACACAAAAGAAUUGAUGAAUAUAGCAACACAAACAGAAAGGAUACGACCACUUUCAUAUGGCCUMGAUGGACUGUCAAGAAGUAAGCCCGAGUACACCAGUUACACCACACGUUAUCACCCGGCCGCCACCUGUGAAAACAAUAGCAUUUGCAGUGGUGCCAACAACAGCAACAACUUAUGCACAUACCAACAACAACACAACUGCUGCAAUGGCAGUAACAACAACCUGCCAGCGAGCACCACAGAAGCAGCAGCACAGCAAAUACGCCGUCACACCAUCAUAUCCACCACUCUGAGCAAUUACAAUCAACAAUCGACAUUGGCCCCGCGACGUGCUUCGAUCGCGUGGGAAAAACCCACAGCGCUUGCACCACCCACAACACCCCCGCUCGCACAKACAGCGACUGCGGCCGGCACAAAAYACGCGCCACCAGCCGCCACCACCUACAAACCCGUGAAAAUCACACUGAUCGGAGAGCCGCUYAAGCAGUGGCAAUGGAAUGCCGUUGGCAAUGGGAAGACUUCUAACAGCCACGCGGCUGGCAACCAUAGCGACAAAGAGGACAAGACAAAMCGUGAAGCGGGCGAGGGCAAUAAUAGAAGUGGAAGUAACAGCAGCCGGUGUGGUGGUAAUGGUGSCAGUGAUGKCGUGUGUAAUGGCAAGAGUAAUGGUGCGAAUUGUGCGCACGGCAGUAAUGGUUACACAAACGGCACGAGCAGCCAGACGAAUGGCCGGAACGAGGUCUCGSGCAGUGGGCUACAUCACCAUCAGAUGCAGAUGAAGCCGCAUAUGCARCAGGCGCUGACACAGUCGGGACAACAGCAGCAAACACGUGUACAACAACAACAGCAAAAACAACAGCAAGUCUAUCACACAACAAACGGCAGCAAUGGCAAUUUCAAUCCAACAGUUACUAUAGUCUGAGCGCAAAGUAGUUAGUUCGUAAUGUCUGAUAUUGAUAUACAUACAAACAUACUUAUAUAUACUAAAAUUGAUAUUAAGAUACAAAUUUUGAAAAGUGAGUGAAUUAUGUAGAGGCGAUCUGUUAGCGUACAGUUAUUAGUAUAAUCUACUUAUGUGUGUAUGUUUUGACGGUCAAGUUAUCUUAAGCUUUGCGAAAAAUUUAAUGCAGUACGUGAGGAAAUUAUGUUACAUAACUAUAUAUUAUGCAAUAAAUGUGCAAAUUAUGUA